AUGUACUGGGUGCUCUUCAGAAAAAUGUCUUCUGAUGAUGAAACUCAAAAUUUGCAACUGCCUUGCUCCAGCGACGACAAUGUCAGACUGAAUAUGACUUGGGACAACUCCCCCAAUGCCACUCACGUUUCCAAUGUGGUUCCAUCUCCGCCUGUUGGUCCUUAUACUUUCAGCCAGGAUGUGGCUGCUACCGGUGAGCCUGAGAAGCCAGCAGACAUCAGUGUGCAACCAAAAUUUCAGAGUCACCCACCCAUGAUCCAAAUGGUGGCGGAAGCCCUGAAGGCCAAAGAGGACAAACAUGGUACCUCUGUAGCAGCUAUCAAGUUCUAUAUUCGACGAAAGUACCCAGCGGUCGAUAUGAAGAGACUCAGAUACUUGCUGAAACAAGCCCUGGCCAAGGGUAUUAGUGAUGGGAUGCUCGUGAGACCUCGCAAUUCUACUGUUACUGGGGCCAGGGGAAGAUUCAAAUUAGUAUCCAAGAAUAAAACCAAAGUGACCCAAACUAAAAAAUCAACAGCAGCUGUCAAACCUAGGAAAAAGAAGGCUGCUAGAACCAGUGAAGCUAGAAAGGUUUCUUCAGAGCCUUCAACCAAGAGAAAGGUUCCUGCAAGCAAGAAGAAGGUACCCACUGAGGCUUCAACUAAGAGGAAGGCUCCUGCAACCAAGAAGACGGUGCCCACAGAGGCUUCAACCAAGAGGAAGGUUCCUGCAAGCAAGAAGAAGGUGCCCACUGAGGCUUUGCCUAUGAGAAAGGCUCCUGCAACCAAGAAGAAGGUGCCCGUAGAGGCCUCAACCAAGAGGAAGAUUCCUGCAACCAAGAAGACGGUGCCCACAGAGGCUUCAACCAAGAGGAAGGUUCCUUCAGAAGCUUCAACCAAGAGAAAGGCUCCUGCAACUGUGAAGAAAGUUCCGGUGAAGGCUUCAACCAAGAAGAAACCUCCUGAGGAGGCUAAGAAAGUUACCAAAGUGGGGAUGUCCAAGGAGGUCUCAAAACCAAAAGGGGCUAGAGACAAAAAAGAUGAGUAUAAGCUCCAUGAAUGUAGAAAACAUCUUAGCUAA